GAGCUAUGGGGACAACGGAGAAGUCUGGGGGAGGUUGCUGGGAGUGCUCAUUGUCAGCUGUUCAGGCCCAUUGGUCGCCAUCUUGAAAACUUGCCAUCUUUUAUUCUGGUACAGGGCAUCAAAUCCAGGGGUGGUCUACUACUGAGCUACGUCUCCAGCACUGCACCCCUUCCCUUAAAUUUUGAGACAGAGCAGCUGUCUAAAUUUCCCAGGCUGGUCUCAAACUUUCUACCCUCCUGCCUCAGCGUCCAGAGUAGCUAGAAUUACAGGUGUGUGGCACUGUGUCUGGUAAAACUCUUAGUGGAGCCUUCCAUGCUACCCUACCCUGCCACCUCCAGGGGAGCUGGCAGAGCCAAGCUGUAGUUGACUUUUCUGAAAGUGCUACAUGGGGGCAAUGUGGAAAGGCUCUGAAGGAUGUGCCAGGCUUCUGGGGGUUGUUUACAAAGACUCCAACAAGACAGAGCUGGAAUCAAGGUUUUCAUGAACAAAUUACUGUAUGGAGAGCUUUUCUCCCAUCUCAAAUGGCAUCCUUCAAACGCCCACAGGGAAUGGACGAGAAGCACCAGGAUGGGUGCUUGGUGCUCCGGAGAGCAUCUCAUAUCUUCCAGAACUUUCCAAAUGAGCACCUGGCGUCUUCAUUUAUUCUCUGAAUGCACCCUCCUCAGCCCCAGCUGAGGUACCCUUUCCUGUCCUUCAAGUACAAAGCUGUUGGGAAACAGCAAUAUUCCUCAAAGCAAUAAAAUAUUUGUUAAAGACAUUUCACAGGAAAACAAGGUAAAAGACCAGGUUAUGCACGGCUAGCUCAACUUUUUGUGGUCAUCUCCUUACAGAAAGAGAACUUUGUACUUCUUACAUAGUUUAGGAGUAACAGGCAUUGUAUGACCUUUAAAGAAAAUUGAUUCCGCACAAAGCUCACCCUACCAGCUUCAGUUCCUCAAUCAGCAGUUGAGGAAGGUCCUUCCCCGCCAGCAUCUUUUUAUGUGACAUUUGACAAAAAUUCCAAUUCUUAAUAUGAGAGUGAGUCUAACCAAAUUUUAAAAUCUUACUGAGUGAAUUUUCUCUUUUAUUUGGCAGUCCUGACUGCAUCUAUUUUCAUAGUUGACAGAAUUCAAGAAAUUUGAAUUAGUGUUUCUUCUUCUAAAUGAGACAAAGGCUUUGUCACGUGGGGUCUUUUUGAAUGAACUGGGGCAGGACACUUUUCAGUGGUGACAUUUUUAUCCAGACUCCACAAAAAACAAAUACAGUAAUUACAUUUUAUCAUAGAAUGCAUUCUAAUUUAAUGUUUCCACCCCAAAAGCCCAAUUUAAAAUCAGGAACAUCUUAUGCAAGGAAACUAAUUGUGUCUUAAAAUUUGUUAAUGCAGAUAUGACUAGGAAUGCAAAAAGAAAACUAAGUAGGGAAAUGACACUUGGCAUAGGAAAUCUGGCUCAAGUUGGACUGAAAGAGUCCUCACCAAUCCCCUCUACGUAUAAGCACAGGAAACAGCGUCAUGAAUAUUAAGUUCUUUCUGCUUGGGUUCCAAUCUAACAGCUUCAUCAGCCUUUGGUGACCUGACUGAUGACCAAAUGAGAUUCCAGUAAUUCAUUUCUGCACUAUGACUGCCCUCCAGAGGUUUAUCUCUGGGAUCAUCUCCGACUGAGAAUCCUUACAGGCAGCUGACUUCCGAGGGAUGAAAUCCAUGUGGUAUCUGCUGCUCUCCUUGGUCACCAUUGGCCAGCUCCUAAAGGUAGACUGUCUGCAGACCAUGCUGCCACCCCUCAGUUUGGUUCCCGUGUCCCCCUCAAGAUCCAGGACUGGCCAUGGAUCACCUUCAGGUCUCCCGAGUCUCCCUCUGGCUUGUCCGGACUCUCCCUUGGGCUCGAGUUGCUUGCAGUUCUUCUACCUCUCACCAACUCUUCAGUCUUCUGGACUCCAGUCUCUGCCAGCCAUGUUAAUGUUGCUCUUUUCCAGAGUUUGCUCCUUGAUUGCUUUCCUACGCUACAAGUAAUUUCCUACAGACCCACAAGCUCCCUCCAUGCUUGGCAGGGACUGUCCUGAUUUAACACUGCACGUCCUGCGUCUCCCUAGGAGUCCUCUCAGUCCUGGACUGACCUGAACAAAUGGUCACCCUGGCUUCAUCCCAGGUAGCAAAUGGGGGCCACACGGAGGAGCCCUGACGCUGAGCCUUCCCGAGUGCAGGCUGGGAAGUGACCUCAAACCUGUGUGUGGUGGGAUCCGGGCCGGGGCCCUGGAUCUUGCUGACCACCUUGCUUCCAGAGGCUGGCUUUUCCCUGGCUUGUCGGGCCUUUGUCUACCUUUCCCUUGGUAUCCAGAGCAGCAGGUUGGGGCUUUCAGCGUGGACUCACUGAAGAGGAAAGAAAGGAUGGGAACUCAAGCGUCCAAGCAGAAUCUUCACGGGGAAAGGUCCCCUGCCCCAUGCUGUGGACUUCCGGUGCUGGCAGAGCCACAGCUUGGAGAGCCAACUCCUGUGCAAUCGAGGGACUGCUGGCGCCAUGGGGACCUUGCACAGCCACAGGCUGACGGCUGCAGGCAGGAGCGCCAGGCUCUGAGUGAUCAGGGUAGGUCAGGACAGGAACAGGAGGCGAGCCCACACAUAGAAGGCUCAGCACCAAGGACUUCCUCCUUUGGCCUGAUAGUUGCAUCUCCAGGGAGCAACGGAGGGGAGUGGCGGCUUCUAGAAGGCUGCAGGCCCCUGGGUGUUUUACUCCUCCCUGCCUUGGCAUUCAGCGUCUUGGAUUGUGGUGCAUGCCAGCACCUGUGAGACCUCCUCCAAGGAGGCUGGGCAUCUUUGAUCCCUGCCGGUGACAAUCAGGGUCCAGAUGCCUUGUGGACAAUCAGGGCACAGGACAGGGGCUCGGGACUUGCCAAGGGGCCAUUCAGGCUCAAUGCCAGGCUGGGGCCUGAGGAAGCCCGUGUGGCAGAUCCUGCAGGUUUGGAGCAGAGGGUGAGACAAGCAGCUACCAUGGGACAUAAGUCUGCUUGAGCCAUCGUCCUUUCCUUCCUCAGUUUCCCCUGCCCUCCUCUCUCCUCUCUUAGCUGACACCUGUUAUGAGUGUUGCUCUUUUCCUGGGGUCUCUCUACUGCAGAGGCCAUAUCGAUGACGAAUGAGGUCUCAGGAUUCCAAGGGCAGGUACUCGGUGGGUGCUCUGAGCCCCCUCGUCCUGCUGACGACUCCGUGUUUCUGUGGCAGAUGCUGCAUUUGCCGUGACCACUGCCAUCUUCAGAGUAGGUGACCAACCAGCAUUUGUUAAUGGACGAACUUGUGACCCCAAUUUCUAGAUGAGGAAGUGGGCUUAGAGAGUCAGAGAAGCAGAGACUCUCCAAGGGCAAGGCCACUGCGGGCCUGCUGGGCUGUCCCCGGGACCAGGUUCCCUCAGCUGACCCAGGACCCCUUUGCUCAGACACCCUGUCACCCCCUUCCUGUCCCGAUCCCUUCCUGUUGUGGCUGUUGUCCUCACCUCAACCUGCCCCCUGCUCCCCGCAUGGACCUACCCAGUGCUGUCCCUGAGCUGCCCCACCCCACUGUGAUGGAUUCUGAGUCACACAAGACCAGUGAUUUCUCUCGUGGGACAGCUUUCUGCAUGACAUCCCUGCACAGUGUGUGUGUGCUCCUGGGGAUGCUGGAGGGGUCCCUGCCCCUGAGCCUCCACUCACCGUUCCCUGGCUUGUCCCCUGCAGGGACAGGCGGGCAGGUUUCCCCUCUGGAGGGGCUGCACAGCUGGAGGCCCCAUGGAGCUGGCGUCAGGAGAGGAUGUGGUGAGUCCCCAGGUGUCGAGGAGCCCUCUUUGGCGAGCUCAGUCAGAAGGGCUUGGUCCCCGCCCUCUUGAAAGAGCUGGUUCCUAAGCAUCCAGGCUGCCGGUUGGUGACACUGGAGGUAUGUGCUCUUGUCCUCUGCUAGGGUCCCCAUCUGGAAGGCAGCAGGAGCCUGCCUGGGCUCCCAAAGCCUCUAGUUUGUCCUAGAUGGUGAUGGGAUGGGCAGGAGCCGGUGGCAGUUCCGGGAGGCCAAGGGGAAUUUUCUGAGAAGUCUCUUCUAUCUGACUGUCCGGUGUUUUGGUGGGGAUGGCUGGGAGGGGCUGGAUGGAGAGUGUCAAGCUGUGGGGUGAGUGCCCGGGCAGGUCCCUGCCUGGCCACCCUGGAGGCCUCAGGUCUUUGAGACUCCCUGGACCACGGGAAGGAGCUGCAUUUAGGGCAGCUGGCCAGACAGUGCACCAAGCCUCUCAGCGCUGGGUGGGUAAAGCCUUCGAGGAGCGGGGCUGAGCUGUGACACUGCUUUCUGCAGGGGGCAGGGGUCCCCACCUGUCCAGGGCCCUGUCUUGAUGUCCAGGCUUGAGCGUCACGUCCUGGUGCAAGGAGCAGGCUUGGAGGCACCCACGGGACCAGUUCCCUGUGACCAGAAUCCGUGGCAGUGAGGCAGAAUAGCUGUCAUGGUCUUGUCAACCUCUUCCCCGAACAAUGGGAGCCAGCGCUCUGGAGGGCCAGGCAGCUCCCGGCCGUCACCCUCGGGCUGCUCCUCAUGCAGGGAGGACCCACGCAGAUGCAUCAGCCAGGCCCACCUCAGGGAAGAACAUGAGCCAGCACAACGCAAGCAGGAACUGCUCGUUCAGAGACGUGGAUGAGCUGAUGCAGACCGUGCAGAUGGCGGUCCACAUCCCCACUUUCCUCCUGGGCCUGCUCCUCAACCUGCUGGCCAUCCGAGGCUUCAGUAGCUUCCUGAAGAAGAGGUGGCCCGACUACGCGGCCACCUCUAUCUACAUGAUCAACCUGGCUGUCUUUGACCUGCUGCUUGUGCUCUCGCUCCCGUUCAAGAUGGCUCUGUCACACGUGCGGCCCCCGUCGUCUGCCUUCUGCACGCUGGUGGAGUGCCUCUACUUCAUCAGCAUGUACGGCAGCGUCUUCACCAUCUGCUGCAUCAGCCUGGACAGGUUCCUGGCCAUCCGGUACCCACUCCUGGCCAGCUACCUCCGCUCCCCUACGAAGACCUUUGGGACCUGCUGCAUCAUCUGGCUCUUGGUGUGGACCGGGAGCAUCCCCGUCUACAGCUUCCAUGGGAAGGUGGAGUACAGGUGCUUCCACAACAUGUCCGACGGCACCUGGAGUGCCAAGGUCUUCUUCCCCCUUGAGGUGUUUGGCUUCCUCCUGCCCAUGGGCAUCAUGGCCUUCUGCUCCUCCAUCAGCAUCCACAUCCUGCUCGGCCUCCGGGACCGCCGCUACCGAGCCUGCAUCUGGACCAUCGCGGCCAGCCUGGCCGUCUUCGUGGUCUCCUUUCUUCCGGUCCACCUGGGUUUCUUCCUUCAGUUCCUGGUCAGGAAUGGCUUUAUCAUGGAGUGCAGAGCAAGGCAGGGCAUCAGCUUGUUCUUGCAGUUGUCUAUGUGUUUCUCCAACAUCAACUGCUGCCUGGAUGUUUUCUGCUACUACUUUGUUAUCAAAGAAUUCCGCGCGGACAUCGUGGCUCGCCGCUUGUCCCGGGUCCAGCUGGUCCGUCAGGACACCAUGAUUACCAGGGGCUGAGGGAGGAAGGAAGUCCCAUCCCCAAGUUCUCCUAAGAGACAUCCUGUUCCAGCUGGUGUCCUUCCCCUUUGCUGCCACUGAACAUCAUCUUUGCUCUUUGUAUCCUAAAGACUUUUCCAACAGUGUCUAGUCAGCUGGAGGUACACCACCCCGCAUUCGGGCUUUGCUGAAGAACCUAAGGGCCGGGUGAAAUCUUCAUUUCUAAGUCCAAAAAAGUAGGAAGCAGAAGACUUGAAAAAAAAAAUGCAUCUGAAAAAGGCUGUUUCUCAACUCUCCCAUCCUUCUGUUUGCUUAGAAGUUUCUGGGAAGACAGAGAGGAGAGAGGAGUUAGGGAAGGAAGAGAUGGAUGGGAGGGAAGGCCAGUCCUGGGAUGGAGGAAACUCGCACUUUCCAGUCCCUUCUCGAGCUCCGCUGGUACCAGUCUCAUGGAGACAAUGACACACAGGGGCUGGGAGAUAUUCAUGCAUAGUCCCAUUUCCUUUGGGCCUCAGAAAGGCUCAGGAGGAAGCCGAUCCCUCCUACACUCGGAGAAGGACACGGAGAGGCUGAGUGUGGCUGUGUAGACCAGCCCAAGGGGGGAAUGUUAGGCACUGAUGGGCCAAUGGGGACAGAGUGCAAAGGCAUUAGUGAUACCCUAGAGCCGCCAGGAUAUCCCUGCGGGAGGAAGGACAUGGGGCUGGAAGUGGACUCUCUCAUUGCCACUGGGGUGUCUAAUACGGGUGUCAGCGCUGGUCUGGAACACACUCAGCUUCCUGUCUUGGACAGAGAGGGAAGUUGUUCCUUAGACCUAGUAUGAAGAUGGAGAGAAAGAAUCAGUCUCGACUAGGGGCAGCCAUAGCAGAUGAAGGAAGUGUUUGUCGUGCUCCCCUCGGUCCUGUUGGGCAGCUGGCACUGGUGGCAAUGCCCAGGAAGCUAUCCCUCUCUGGUGGCUGGCAGGGAGGAACUGAGGGAGCUUGCAACAGACAGUGAGGGGGCUUUGGCAGUUCCAGAAGGGGCACGGUUUGGAUCCCUCCAUGGGCUCCGGUAAUGCUCCUCAGAGGGUGCAGGAGGGGACAGCCUAAAGCCUUCUGACGACUCAGCUGUUCCAGGGUGAAGCGAUUCAAAGGAUAAACUGUGAGGCAGUUUGCAAGAGGGAGGGAGUGGAAUGAGAGAAACCACAGGGGCAGUAUGAACAAGCCUAAGGUCUGUAGGAGGAGAAGUGACCGAGACCAACCUGGAGGAUGAGAGGCUUUGGCUGAGGGCCUGGAGGAGGUACGGCUGUGCGGGGGACCCGCCAUGAGGGGAAAGAGGAAGGUCUAGAUGAAACCUAGGACCUGCCUAAAACGGGGAGGCGGCAGAGGAGGAGGGGGUUGAGAGAUUGCCCUGCUGCUCAGGCUUGAAGGGAGUGGGCGUGCGGUGGGCAGGAAGAGUCCCUGGGAGGGCUGCUUCCUGUCAGACCCCCCCCCAGACUGAGAGCCACUGAAGGAUGGGGUCCCCCAGCACUCCCGUGUGGCAAUAUCCAGUGGCAUUUUAGGUGGCUGGCGGGAAAGGUUAGGGAGAAAGCGGCUCCGGAGGGUAGAAGUGGGUGUGGAGGAUCAUGGGACCAGGACCAGAGCUCCAGACCCGGCACCCACAGCCAGGGCUCUGCAGACCCAGGGGUGAGGCCGUGCCCGCCCUGCUGCCCCAAGCCCCGGACUCCCCUGCCCUGCCUAUGGGGUGCACCAUCCCAGGGCCAUCCUGGACAGAGACACCCACUGUGAGAAGGCCAUAUCAUCACACAGAACAGGGCAUCCGGGGCCGGUUUGGGUGAGACUCUGGUGGAGUUGGGGCCACCCCUUGUCCAGUUUCUCUUUGCCUGGGGGGAGCUGGGAGGCCUCCUCAUGGCGCUGAGCAGUGUCCCUCAUGCAUACUUGGGCCUACCACAUGUGUAGGGCUGGCAGUUCCCCAAGAGCAAAGGCCCAGCAGCCCGAGCAUCCGUCCUCCGUGGCGAUGCUCAGGGCUAAAAUCUCGUCUGUGUAGUGUGACUCCGUCCACAACAAUCAGGGGGCCCUGAGAGCAGAAUCAUCAAACAGGAAGGGAGUCUAGAGCCAUAAACAGUGUAACUGGAAGAGGUUGGUCCUUGGGGGCUCGAACAGCUUGAGCUGGAUGUGGUGACCAUGGGCCCUGGCCCCAUCUCAGUGCAGGGUGGUCCUUCUCUUCCUUCUCGGCAUGGGCACUUUUGCCUGAGGGGCUGUGGGAGGGUCAGGUCCAGUGUUACAGGUGUGUGUGGCUACUCUCCUGGAAGGUCCAGAUGCUGGGCCCAUACCCAGCAGUUGGCUGAGCAGCGCAGGAGGGGACAAGGGCAGGCAGGGUUAGGGUCAGGGCUAGCACUGGGGUGGGGGUAAGGAUGAAGAUGGAUCACAGGGCACCCCCUGCAGCAAAUGCCAGCCAGUGAGUCAGGGAAGCAGGAACACAGCAGUGGAAGAGCCUGAAAUCCCUACUGCUGAAGCCAUGGAGGUUGAAGCUGUCGUUCUGCCAUAAAUGUGACCUCAUUUGUUCUCCCAGCCUGGAAAGCCCCGAGACGUGCCUGCUCUAUGUACAUCCAUGGAACCAGCACAGUGACUGGAAAAGCGAUAUGAUUCAUGUGAUUUACUAAAUAAACAGAUUUGUACAACGCA